CUGUACUAACGACGAGUUCUACGGCGUCCUCCGAUUUUAUUCACGGAAAGUGUAUCGCCAUAUUGCUUCCGUGAAUUAUGUGAAAUAUUUGUGCAUUUCUCUUCAAUUAUGACUGUAAUAUCGAAAUCAAGUGAACAAAUACAAUCCACGUUACAAGUGUAACUAAAAGAAUAUACAUUUAAGUGUCUCGGUUGUGCACAUAAAGCGAAAAAGUUUAGCGUCGGGGAAAUGUCCUACGAAAAGAUGGAAGUGGUGAAUCCUGCGGAGAAGGAGGCGAGUGAGGUGUUGCACUCUCUCCUGUCGGUGGAACGGCGGAGUGUGGACAGCAAGGAGACCAUAAUAGUGGCGAUACCGUCCGACCAGAACGGUGGCGACUAUGGCGAGAGCGCCCAGUGGCAUACCCCAGUCAUGGGCCAGCAUUCUGUGUUUGAACUUGGCACUGCCCAGAAUAUGCAACAGCACAGCUACAAUGGACAUCAAGAACAGGUGCUUUGGCAAGGCCAUACAAUCCAAGUUGAGAACGGAGAUGGAAACAUACAGGCCAUGCAAGGGACGUACAGUAUUGAGUUUGAGACGAACGUAGAAACUGCAGAUCUGGAUGUUGAGACUAAGCCCAAUGUGGAAAAGAAGGCUGGUGCUAAGAGAAAGAAAAAGGCGGAGUCUGACAGUGAUGAGGAGGUCCUCGAUAAUAAACUGGAGGAUAAUCCAGCUCAGGUAAAAGAGAGACUAAGAAGGGGCUGUGAUUGCAAAGAUAAUUGUUAUCGAGGCCUCAAUCCUGAAGCGGUGUACCGCCAUCGACUCAACAUUGCAGAAUUGACCAAAAGUGAACAUGACAUGUAUUUGAUGGGCAUCACAAUGGCGAGUUUGGCCAACCCAGCUGAGACGUCGCGUCACAAAGUCCGCAGGAGAUUGAGAGCUUGCUACGUCUACCAAGGGAGAAAGGUUUGUUUAGAAGCUUUUCUAUACUUGGAAAAUGUGACACAUUAUCAGCUAAAACGAAUCAGGCAACAUGUUAUGACUCACGGAGUCGCGCCGCGGAUCCACGGCAAUGUUGGUAAGAAACCCUACAACACGUUCACCCUCGACAUCUACAAACAUGCUACAAACUUCUUGAAGGAGUAUCUCAAACAGCAUGCCAGCUCACCGAAAGAUGUUCAACCUUCAGGAGAAGGUAAAAAGGCGAGUAAGACUGUCAUCAUCCAAGGUGACUCUAGAAAGCACUUGUUCGAAGCGUACAAAGAGUAUGGGGAAAUUUUGGAGCCUGGAGUAAAACUCAUGGGGUAUUCUACCUUCCGAGCUUUCAUGAAAGACCAGUUUCCCCACGUCAAAUUUGCGACCAAGAAACAGGAAUUACCUAAAGACUUGGUGCCAUUCCGUAGCGGUAAAUGCAUGUCGUACGACAAGAACAAAGAUCCCAUUAGGAUACAGCAGGAAAAAGAGAAGGCGGAUGCGAAGAAGGCAGCAAUGGAGCAGAAGAAGAAAGAGGAACACGAGCGAGAACAGCAAGCGCAGCAGCAGGCUCAGCAACAACAACAAGUGCAGCAACAGCAACAACAGCAGCAGCAACAGCAACAAGUGCAACAAGUCCAGGUACAACAGCACCAGCAAAUGCAGAACCAGCCUCACGUGGUCAUCCAUCAACAGCAGCCGCAGCAGCAGCAGCAAAUGCAGCAGCAGAUGCUGGUGCCGCAAGUGAGCCAGCACCAACAGGUUCUCACCCAACAAGGUGUGCAACAGGUUUCACAGCACAUGCAACCACUCGGCGUUUCAGAGGAUAACGGACAGCCAGUGGAAAUGGCUCAACAAGUUAUACCUUUGGCUGUAGUGCAACAACCCCAACAGGCUUACCUCGUCACACCCGUCUCGCACUUCCAGACGAGAGUCCAAGGUGCAUGGUACAGACAUUGACAGCAUACCACAUUCUCAAAUUAUUAUUCUAAAUGUGUGGAACAGAAAGUGGGCAUAACAUCAACAUAAUGAAUAAUAUUAUAUUUAUGCCACUAAUUCAGUGUGUUUUCAUUUUAAAACAACACUGAUGUUGAUAUAAAGUUAAAAUCUUAAGUUUUCGAGUAAAAAUAUUUGACAUUUGAAGUGUUUAAUACGGUCACAAGAGCCAUUGCAUUUUUGACAGAUUUAUUAGUAUAGAUCUGUCAAAUGUUGACACAAACAUAAUCUAAAUUAAAUUUUUUACUACAAUAAAGUAGUUCUUUUUGUAUUUUAGUUGUGAUUUAACUCACUUCUGUGAUGUGUUUUCACUUGAAAACUUAUGCUAGAGGCCCCUUGUUAUGACUGAACUAUUCAAGUGAAGCUCCCACUAUUAACAUAAUUGAUUAUUAGUAAGAUAAUUACGUAAGGCCAUUUAUAACUUUGGCAAUAAGUUAGCAAAGAUAUGUAGGUUUACACCUUUUCAGUAUUGGUUUUAGUAACUGAUUUUUAAUUACAACAACUAUUUAUAAGUAUAUUAUUAAUCAUAUUUACACAAUUAAUAUUUUAGCUCUAGCUAUGUAGUUCAUUUUUUUUUAUUUUAAUUUUAUGAAUUUAACUACAAGAAUGGGCAGUUAAAAUUAGUGUGUAGUGGUAAUAUUAAUUUGUAUGGUUUUUAUUGUGUAUAUUUGCAAUAAUUAAUGAAAUUAUUUGAUCGAUUUAAUUGAAGACAAUUAAAAAACGGUUCUGCCUACUCAUCUGUUUUAACUGUAAAAUUGUGUGCUCUCAGAUUGUGUUGUAGGAUUAGAGGAUUGUGAAUGGUGUUGCUUGUGUGUGAUGUCCAUUAUUUUAUACAUUUUAUUUUAUAUUAUGGAUUGCUCAUCACAAAUAUUCAUUAAAUAUUUUAUUUAUCAAAAAAGCAGUGCCUUCGUAUUAUGAUGUGGAUUUGUCUCUGAUAUGAUGGGUGUUUGAUUCUGAUAGUGUUUAAUAGUGUACUGAUAGGGUUCUCUCAAAGUUUUCAUUGCGUUCAAACAAAUCAUGAUAAUAUUUUGUAUUAUAAUACAUAUCAAGUUCAUUGUAGAAAUCAUGUAAUACUUAGCUACUUUUAAAUGAAAGUUCCAAUGAAACUUAUAGUUUCCUAUGUGCUAUGCAUUAUUUCAGAAUUUCGGAGAUGGAUUAAGUGUCUUUAGUUGUCAAAUUAUGAUGGAAAGCUUUUAAAACAAUUAUCAAAUAUAUAUAUUUAUUUUAUAUACAUAAUCUAGGGGUAUUGUAUUAUAUGUGUUUGAUUUAUUACUUGUCAUUGGUAAAAUAUGAGAUUUUAUUCAGGUCCAGAUAUUUUAAUAAACCCUUUUUUUUAAUGAAUUAUUUUGAUUAGCAUAAAUUUUCUUCAUUGAGUAUGAAUCAUCUCUUUAAAAUAUCUAUCAUGUUUUAAUUAAAUAAUAAUUUACCUUAUUAUUUUAUUGGAAGUCUUAUCAGUAAAAAUAUUUCUUUUUUUUUAAUGUAUACACAAUUGUCCGUAAAAACUGUCAAAAAUGGGCUGUUAACAUGGCUAAACUGUAGUUUACUAAUAAACCAUGUAUUGUUGUUCAAAGAUUUGUCUUUUCCUUUCGUCAUUCAAUUUAAUGAUGUAGAAAUAGACAAAUUGAUGUGCAACUAUCCAGUGCUUAUUAGUAAGACAGUAGAUGUAAAAUUUCUGCCUAUUUAAUUAUACGAAAGGCAAUAAAUGGUUUGUUGUGAUUUAAGUAAGAGAUGUCGAUACUUUUCCAUAGCUGAGCCAGUUGAAACAAAAAUAUCGUAGCGUCAAACUUCGAGUCCACUCAAAACACGAGGUGUAUGGCAGUAUACAAAAACAAACACAUCCCAGCCUAGUGGCGUGCAAAGGGUUUUUAACUAGGGUAUGCACUAAAGGUAUAAUUGGAUGCAAUCUUUAUGGCGUCUCGAAAAUAAGCUACGCUACGUAAAUAAAAUUUGCUAAAAUCGAGACGCGUGGGGCGACGUCGGUCGGGUCGGGCGCGUGUGCGUUGGUACCCUGCCGCAGCGCCACCCCUCUACGUUACCGCUGACAUCUAAAAUCUUGUAUUGCGGAACGCACGAUGUUUCAAAACAGAAAUUGUAUCGUACUAUACAAAGUGGAAAAACUCUUUGUUGAAGUGAAGAGAAGUGCAAUUCAUCAGGGAUAGUGUAGCUUCCCAAGAAAGAUUUUUUUAAAUUGGUUCCAGAGCCUAUUCAAAACAUACAUACAAACAAACAAUCCAAUCUUUUCUCCUUAUAAUAUUAGUAUAGAUAAUAGCGCAAUCAUACGCCUCGUGUUCAGAACGGACUUGAAGUUUGACGCGGUCUUUACCUAUAAACAAACUUAUGCAGUUUUCCUUUAGAGUACACCUUUAUGCUAAUGCGAAAAAGACAUUAAGUAUUUAUAAAAACAUAAUAUGAUAGUUCUUUUCUUUAUUUUUUUUUUAUAACCAAACCAAUACAAAUUGCUUUUUCAUUGAAGAUGUGUAAGGUGUUUGUAUUUACAUAUAUUGGUUAUGAAAUGAAUUUAUUUAUAAUUUAUUUAAUUAGGUAAAUAAUAAAAAUGGAAUACAAUCAUUCUUUUUCAGGUCGCGAAAUAUUUUAUAUAUUGUGAAAUAAAAUAAUGAGAAAAGUAUUUAAAAUUAUUGAUUUAAAAAAUACAUUGUCAAUAAUCAUAAUAGUGUUUAGUGAUCACAAUUCACACAAUAUCCUUAUAUAUCUUUGGUGUAAAAAGCAAGCCUUAUAUGUUACGUAAUAAUUUAUAAUAUUUAAUAGUACCAUAGAUAACAUGUUAGUUUGUAGAAACAUCUGAGUUUUGUGUGUAUUAUAAUCCAGAACUCGAUAGUUAAAAAAGAAAAGUAACAGAUUGGGCAUUUUCAAAGGACUUAUUUUCGUACUGUAGAGAUGUUUUAUACAAAAAAUUUAUAGUGUUGAAAGAUAAUGAAAUCUCAAUUGUAUUUUGAGUUUAAGAUAAACAAUUUUAGCCAUAAGCCAUAGUAAGUGUGUAAUCGAUAUAAUUAAUUAUUAUAGAAAGUACAGAAUCGUGCCUAGAACGUAUGCUUACCAUGUAUAGUAAUAGUGCAAUAACCCGAGGGAGCAGUAAACUAUGUUUAGAAUGACGUGUUUUGACUCUUGAGUUGUAUUUUUUGACGGCCUCCGUGGCGCAGUGGUAUGCGCAAUGGAUUAACAAAACGGAGGCCCUGGGUUCGAUCCCCGGCUGGGCCGAUUGAGAUUUUUUUAAUUGGUCCAGGUCUGGCUGGUGGGAGGCUUCGGCCGUGGCUAUUUACCACCCUACCGACAAAGACGUACCGGUACGACGAUUUACCGUUCCGGUACGAUGUCGUGUAGAAACCGAAAAGGUGUGUGGAUUUUCAUCCUCCUCCUGACAGGUUAGCCCGCUUCCAUCUUAGACUACAUCACUUACCAUCAGGUGAGAUUGUAGUCAAGGGCUAACUUGUAAAUAAUAAAAAAAAAUCUGAAGUGUGAAAACGAUAAAUUGGCCUGUUAUUGUAUCAAAUACACCGAAUAUAUAUUGCUGAUACCUAAAUAAGAGGUUGCGACUAAGAUUUUAUACUGUAUUAGAUAUGUCACUAGCGCGUCGAAACUGAGGCGAAAAAAAGUGGCUAAAUGUCUUAUAUUCAUUUAGUCGCAAAAUCCUUGACCUAAUAAAAGUUGAGGUUUUCUUAAUUAGUUAAUAAGGUCUGGCUGGUAGGAUGCUUCGGCCGAGGCUAGUUACCACCCUACCGGCAAAAACGUACCGCUAAGUGAUUUAGCGUUCCGGUACGAUGUCGUGUAGAAACCGAAAGGUGUGGACUUUAAUCCUUCUCCUGACACAUUCGGCUCACUGCUGAACCGAGUCUUCUCUCAGAAUGAGAGGGGUUAGGACAAUAGUCAACCACGCUGGCCCAAUGCGGAUUGGCAGACUUCACACACGUAGAGAAUUAAGAAAAUUCUCUGGUAUGCAGGUUUCCUCACGAUGUUUUUCCUUCACCGUUUGAGACUCGUGAUAUUUAAUUUCUUAAAAUGCACACAUGCGCCGGACCGGAUUCAAACCCAGACCCUCUGGAAGCGGAAGCAGAGGCUAUAUUUUAGGAGACCUUACUAUAUUCAUAUUCUGUACAAAAAAACCGGGAAGUUUAAACAUGUUUACUGCUCCCCUUGGCUGUCUGGAAUGUUUGAGGCAAGUUCUAAGAUACCAAUCAAUUUAUAAAUUAUAUUUGGUGAAUAUGAAUAUAAUCAAGUUUUAUUAUUUGGAUAUACAUAUGUAUUUAUAUUUUACCCGAUCUUAAUAAAUUUUAAAUUAAAAGGAUACCCGAGUGUAUUAUAUUUUUAACCGACAUCAAAAAAGGAGCAGGUCAUAAUUAAAUUAAUGUGUUAUAAAAGUGUUAUAACAAUAAAAAAUAAUUGAAUGAAAUAAGAUAUGGGUUGCACCUACAAAAUAAUAAUCGAAUCUUUUAUUCCAUGCCUAAAUAUUGCGCAAUAUUAGUCCUAGAGAGAGUGGAAAAUUUUAAAGUGGUGCUUAACAUAUUAUUAAAAAAAUUUAAAACAAGUUAUAACUCUUGGAUCUAAGUUGUAUAACAGAAAACUGUAGUUCAAUAGCACCCAGAUUUAAUGUUUUUUUAUUAAUGAAGUUAUCAAAUAAGCCUAAACCGCUGUUACACUCGUAAAUCACCCCUAUGCAAUAUAAAGCGUUCUCUUUAGACUAAGAUAUUUGAAUAACAUGAUUUCAGAUUCAAUAAUGUCUGUAUUCUGAACAUGAGCUAGUUGCUUUAGCCUUGUAAUUUGAUGAUAAAUCCAAAAUGAUACAACAUUGCACUAAAAAUUAUGAGCUGAGCAACAAACUAACAAAUUACAGAUUGUUUUUGAAAACUUUGUUGGCAAUAAGUAACCCAGUGUGUAAAAUUUAGAAAAAUUCGUUCGAUUGUUUUAAUGAAUAGUUGCUAUGAAUAUUGUUGUCGUUCAUACCUAUACCUUUUGUUUUUAAUUAAUCCAUAGUACGAGAUUUGGCAGCAUGGUGGCAGCACCAUGGAUACCUAUCCGUUUUAAUUUUUUAUGGUCAUCUGACCUAUUUAUUUGAAAUUAUAUUAUUCCCAUUUGUGUCACAACCGUAAAAUGGAAAUUACACGUGUAUCAUGUCUGAAAAUAAAAGCGAUGUAUUUGCUUAGCAAUUCAUAGAAAUAAGGUAACUUUUACAACAGAUGAUUUAAAAAAAACUUAUCAGAAAACCCUGAAUCUUAUCAAUCAUACAGUAAUGUAUUUUAACAAGUGCCUCAUUUUAUAGGAAAAACAAAAAUUUCACGCAACUCAAAUCGCUCUAAUGCUAACAAUCAAAACAAGAGUCAUCCAACAUAUUGUAUUUACGGUUGUGAAUUUUGCCUCCGUCGUGUACCAAUAACUGUUAUAUGCGCGCCAUGUGAUAUGACGCGAACGCAAAUUUUAACGCAACGCUUAAACACCUAUUGUAUUCCAGCUGCCGGAUCUCUGCCUAUUAUUUCAAUAAUGAAAAUGAAAUGUAUAUUUUUAUAACAAUGGAAAAUGUUUAUCUCAGACUUGCUUCGAAUUGUAGUGAUUGCUCUUAGCGUAAUGUUUGGCAUCUAAGUUCCAAAAUUUUAUAAAGUAGGAAGACAUGAUGUGAUAGAAAAUAAACCUUUUUUACGCUA